UUAACGUUUAAAAUCUCGUACGUUACGAGAAAACCCACGUACGGUCUUUUACACCUAGCAGGAAUCAUGCCGAAAGCAAAGAAAGUCAAGGGGAAGAAGGUGGCUCCCACCCCCUAUGCUGCCAAGAAGUCGGUCCCUAAGAAGGUUGUCAACCCCCUUUUUGAGAAGAGGACAAGGAACUUUGGAAUUGGCAAUGAGGUCCAGCCCAAGAGGGACCUGUCCCGCUUUGUCCUCUGGCCCAAGUAUGUACGCCUCCAGCGCCAGAAGGCUGUCCUUUACCAGCGUCUGAAGGUUCCUCCUUCCAUCAACCAGUUCAGCCAGGCUCUCGAUAGACAAACAGCUACACAGCUGUUUCGUCUGAUGCACAAGUACCGCCCCGAGACCAAGCAGGAGAAGAAGGCCAGGCUCAGGGCCCGUGCCGAGGAUCGCGUCAAGGGACGUGAAGAGGUUCCCACUAAGCGUGAAGCUCGCAUCAUGUCCGGUGUCAACACUGUCACCCGUUUGAUCGAGUCCAAGAAAGCUCAGCUUGUUGCCAUUGCUCAUGAUGUCGAACCCAUCGAGAUCGUGAUGUUCCUCCCAGCACUCUGCCGUAAGAUGGGUGUUCCCUACUGCAUCGUGAAGGGAAAGUCUCGGCUCGGUCAGGUGGUCCAUCGCCGUAACGCAGCUUGCCUUGCGUUCACCCAGGUCAACCCCGAGGACAAGAGCGCCCUCUCCAAGCUGGUAGACACAGUCAGGACCAACUACAAUGACAGAUUUGAAGAGAUCCGUCGUCACUGGGGUGGUGGACAGGUGGGUAGCAAGAGCCAGGCCCGUAUCGACAAGCUUGAGAAGCUCAAGUCUAAGGAGCUAGAAGCAAGGGCUUAAACCCAUCCACACAGACAGACUGAAUCAGUGGCAGCUCUCUCGCUGCUGUCAUUGAAGAACAUGUUGAUAGCACAUUCUCAGAAUGCAAACUUCACAUCCAGGCUAUUUCAACGUUAUUCGUAUCGGUUUCAUAACCCACUCAACAAACAAACAAACGGCACUCUCAUUUUUGGACACCUUCCAAAACAUCCUCGCUUUUUCUUGACUGAAAGCAUGACAAAAGUACAUCUCUGCUAUGUAAUAAGUAUGGAAUAAAUGACCAUUACAACAAA